ACAUACCGAGUUACUGCCGUCAACAAAACGUUAAUUAUUCAAUCUUAGUUAAUUGGGCUGCUGACAGCGAUAAUUAUCAUCGCACUUUGUAUUCUAGUACACUGUAGCAUUGCUCGUGCAAUCGCCGUCGUCUAUUUCUUCUUUUAGGCGCAGGUCUAGGCAAUCCCCAAUGUCAAAAGCAGUUGAAACGUUGCCCGAACGUGCAUCUAAAAGAGAAGGACGUGACGCCUUCGGUAACGGUAGCUGCCAUUCCUUUUGUUUUUAUCUCGACGUCGCGAACAACAUGUCGACAUUGGACCUCAUCGGAAACGCCGAUAGCUCGGAAAGCGACGAUGACGACUACGUUCCGUCGACUGAAGAGAGCGACGCAUCCGACUGUGACACGGAGACUGGGAGUGACGUUGAAGAGCGACUUGGCGCGACGACUGGCCGGACGCUGCGGAAGGGCAUCGCAACGCCGCGUCUGAAAGGCAAAGGAGGCAUCCGCUGCGACGGAAAAGAAGAACCAGCACAGGAAAGUAUUCAUAACGCGGCGAGCGCUGAAGACGACGCGAAGGAACAGGACGAGAGCCAUCUCGCUGCCAAAAAGGACGAAGCGAAAGCCGACCUUCUCUGGUCCGACUUCUUGCGAGACGGCGACAGCGUACCCAAGAAACGGGCGGCCGUUGCCGAUCCGGGCGAAGCGUCUACUUCCGCCUCUACGUCACAAGUGUCUGCUGUCCCCGAGAAAAAGGUUAAGAUUACUCAGCUGCUGGAUAUUGCGGGGGAAGUUGUCGAGGUCGACAAGGAGGUGGCAGCAGGCCCGAAAGAAACGCGCUCGCUCGAAAAACAGGAAGAAGAUGCCAAGUCAACCGUACUUGUCAGCAAGAAGCCGGGCGGAGUCGCAAGUGUCUUAGGUCGACUAAUGAACAAGAAGCAAAAGAUCAGCACGCUGGAGAAAUCGAAGCUCGACUGGGAUAGCUUCAAGCAGAGCGAGGGCAUUGCGGAAGACCUGCGGAACCACAACAGAGGCAAGGACGGCUACCUGGAAAAACAAGCGUUUCUGCAGCGCACCGAGGAGCGGCAGUUCGAAGUAGAAAAAGGACUGCGGGCAAAGAACAGAUCGACGCACCGCACCUAAGCGGCCGUUGCAGCGGCUCUUUCACUUUCCUGUCAGUGAAUUCCACUCACAUUGUAAAGAAUUUAGAAAGAAGCUUGAGCUGCGUUCGGAGCCACAUUUCGCACUUUGUGCAAUACGUCGUGAAUAAAAAAGAGGCACCUUUU